UCAAGGCCACUUCCCACCCCUUGGUCCCUACACAGGGACCUGCUGGGAGAGGCUACACGGGCACGUGUGCCAGCUGCAAAACUUCUAAAAUGCAAUGUUUGCAAUUUGCAUGCAUUUGCCAGCAGUUGCAUUGCCCAGCUGUGUGUUUUUGUGUGUGUUUGCGUGUUUUUGUGUGUGUUUGUGUGUUUUUGUGUGUGUACAAGCUGUGCUCCUUCACACAUGGCCUGAAAGGGGAAGGCAGUCUGGUUCUGGAAAGAAAAAAUGGUAAAAGGUGGGAGGCUGCUCACCCAGCUGUCCAAAACAAGGAGAUUUUAAAAGUUUUUUUAAAGAUCUGUUACCAAUGCUGGAAACAAAAGUAAGUAAUGGUCAUGUUACAUUGGUCUGAUUCUACUGAAAUCUUGUAAAAUGGUUGUUGUGUAUUAUGGCACCUUGCACUUGGAUAUUUGUGGAAAGGUUUUAAUGGGUUUUAACAGAAUAUUGCUCUCCAUUGUUUCCUUAUUUCAGUGUUUGUUUUGUACAUGUUCUGGAUUUUCUGUAACAGAGAAAUAUCAGACUCUCAGACAGUCUUCUGUGAGCAGGUGACAGGAAAAAAACCUCUGUACAUCUCCACUGUCAACCUCAGAACAGCUUCCUGUCCUGCAAACACAAUUCAGGUCAUUCAUGUGCUUCCUCCCAGGCCACUGAAGAAUAGCAGCUGUCCCAGCUUCAAAAAUGUGACUCAUGGCCCCUCCAGCAAAAGGAUCAGGAGCAGUUUCUGGCUUGGUGCAAGAGCCCCACAGGAGACAAAGGUGAUGAAGAUGAGAGGAACCUGGCUGAGUGUGCCCCUGGGACACCUGCUGGCUCUGGGACAUAGGCACAAAUGGAGAAACAUGAUGGAUUCCAGAAAGUUCAGGCUGUUUUUCUGCCUGGUGGGGCUCAGCAGUGCCAGCCUCUGGGUUUUCCACACCUGGACCGAAUUCUGCGUGCUCUGUGAGAGCAGCCAGGGGUACCUGUUCCCCACGGAGACUUUCAGGAGGAUGGAAGGGAACUUCUCCCAGCUCCCAGAUGUUGACUGCCACAAGAACCCUCCUUUCCUCGUCCUGCUGGUGGCGUGCUCUUUCCAGCAGCUGGAUGCCAGGAUGGCCAUCCGGCACAGCUGGGGCAAGGAGAGGACAGUGGCUGGGAAGCGCCUGGUGACCUUGUUCCUGCUGGGGAGCCCUGUGGAUCCCAGCCAGCAGGCUGACAUCGCUGCCGAGAGCCAGAGGUACAGAGACAUCAUCCAGAAGAACUUUACAGACACCUAUUACAACCUGACCCUGAAGACCAUGAUGGGAAUCGAGUGGAUCCACAGGUUUUGCUCCCAGUCCAGCUUCGCCAUGAAAACCGACACGGACGUGUUUGUCAACGUUUUUUACCUCACUGAGCUGCUCCUGAGGAAAAAGAAGAGCACUGGAUUCUUCACAGGCUUUUUAAAACUGCACGAGUAUCCCAUCAGGACAAGAGGGAGUAAGUGGUAUGUGAGUAGGGAAGAGUAUCCAGGAACCACCUACCCACCCUUUUGUUCCGGGACUGGAUAUGUUUUAUCCAGUGACGUAGCCAGCCAGAUCUAUAACAUUUCUGAGAGUGUUCCAUUCAUUAAACUGGAGGAUGUGUUCAUAGGGCUGUGCCUCGACAAAUUAAAAAUUCAGCUGGAGGAGCUUCACUCGGAGCAGACGUUUUUCCCAGAAAGGAUCAGGUUCUCUGUUCCUCGCUUUAGGAAAAUCGUGACGUGCCAUGGAGUAAAACCAUCCGAGCAGCUGAGCUACUGGAACCACUUAGUGGCAGCAACUGAAGGAGGACUGCUCUAGCACCUACCCUGCUCCACUUAACAGACUGAAAUUCUCUGCUUUUACAGGGCUGCUCCCCACUCCAGCAAACUCCCAAUUAACUCCAGCUCCAUCACGUUAAAGGCUUUAGAAAUGGUUAUUUUAAUCACAGAAUCAGAGAAUUGUUAGGGUUGGAAAAGAUCUCCAAGAUCAUUGAGUCAAACCUUUGACUAAACACCACCUGGUGAACUAAACCAGAGCACUGAGUGCCACGUCCAGUCAUUCCUUGAACACCUCCCUGGGCAGCCCCUUUUAGUGCUUAUCCACUAAAAAUUCCCUAUUUCUGCCCAAGAACAUGCAAACCUCCUUCUCUCCCAUUCACUCCCACCUCUGUGCAUCCCUUCUCUAUACAAGUUACUUUUUUUUUUUUUUUUUUUUUCCCAUGAAAUAUUCAGGCCUGCUAACCCACCCUCCAAAUCUUGCUGCCGGAGGCCUGGGAACAUUUCUGCUGUGCCAAACAAAAAAAGUCAAAGCACUUUUGUUCAGGGAAUAAAAUCUGCACCAUCUUCCUGGUCGCCCUUGAUAAAUUACUGCACCCAUCUGUGCAGGCACUUAAGGGAUGAUAUUUGUAGCUGUCAGGAUGCUCCCUCCUGGCAUAGGAAGCUGCAGCCCUGCCCUUGCAGCCAGCUCUGAGUGGGCUGAGCUGCAUCCUGGCACAGAUCCCUCCUUCAGUCUACACCAAUUUUUUUUUUUUUUUGCAGAGAUGGUAGAAUUUGCCCAUGCAAUUCUCUCAGGACAAGCUUGGGCACUGCAGGUCACCUGGUGGAGGUGUAAAAGCAGCUGCAGCUGUUUCCUUGUGUGUGCUUCCUGCUGAAAAUAAUCCGUGGUGGAGCCAGCACAGGGUGUCCUGCUCUUCCUAUUAAAAGAGACCCUGGAGACAUCUUUUCUAUUUGUGUCUGACUUUGAUUGCCUGAGAGCUACUGUGAAGGGUUUGCCAAGGCUAAACUAGAGUCACUUACAGUGAUUUAGACAUUUUUUUCCAAAGAGAAAAGGGUGUGUGAGGGAGAAGACAGGAGGAUUUUUCUCUUUUUUUUUUUAAACAAAACCUAAUGGAAAAUGUGCUCAAAUAAUCAUUCAGGCUGGGAGCCCUAUUUCUUAUUUCAUUCCCAAGCAAAGACUCAUGGAAUCUCUGGGAUCAUUAUGAGUUUCAGAGAUAAGGAGAGGGGUCUUUACAGCAGAUGCUGAAAAAUCCUUCAGGGCUCUGAGGAGGCAGAAAGGAGCUCAGAAAUCCUCCCUUAUGCAAUGGUCCUGUUUGAUUUUCCUGCAGGCACAGGCAAGGUCAGUGUUAUCAGCAGGGAAUGCCUGUAAUGUCUGUGGGAAGGGCUUUUUCCAAAAAAGCAGGGAAAGUGGAGCUGUUCCCGAGGGGAGUUGCGGGGAUCCAACAUCCAGCAUGGUAAAAGCACGGAAGAGAGACAGGAAAACAGAUUUUAUUGUUUUGGAGUUAUUUAUUUUUAUUGCUUUUCUUUUCAUUGAAAAGAAGGACCUUCCUUCCUUCCUUCCUUCCUUCCUUCCUUCCUUCCUUCCUUCCUUCCUUCC